AGCGUAGGCCACUCACUGAGAGGCCGGAAGCACAUGCUGCCGAGCCACAGCUAGUCAAGUUGUUGAUGUAUGUGACAUGUAGCUAAAAAAGAAGACGAUUUGGGAUUUAUGCGUGUGUCUUGGAUACAUUUGUAGUGAAAACCAGAGAAUGGCUGCAACAGUGGCUGCACUCAUCACUCCGACGGAGCACGACCCUGACCGGUGUGGGAGUGAGGAGGAGAGCCGAGGGGCCGAGGCCGAGGAGGAGAACAACCAGCAGCAGCACACGGGGCCCGCCACCGUCACCCACACCCGACUGUCCAAACUCCCGCUGGCCCGAAUCAAGGCGCUUAUGAAGACUGACCCAGACGUGUCACUGGCAAGCCAAGAGUCUGUGUUCAUCAUCGCUAAAGCCACGGUAAAAAAAAACAACAACCCUAAAGUUUCAAUAAACUAUGUGCUGUUUUCUCCGCAAUAUUUCCAUUUUUAAGACCUGACAGAAACUUAGUUCAAGACGUGACAAACAUAUCCAAUAAUAUCUAAUCAUUUUAUUAAAAUGUCUGCCCAAAACUUCCAAAAAGCGGGGUUUUCCUGCUACAUUUACAGUAAAUAAUAAACUGUAUUAAAACAGCACCUGUCCUGACAAUUUACACGUGCUUCACAAAUGUAAAACACACCAAAAACAACCAAAAAUUAUAGAUUCAAAAUACAAAACACUACAAACAGGGAAACAUGGCAAAUCUACAAAACCUCCACUAUAAAAGAAAGUUUCAAGAGAGGAUUUAAAUGUGAAAGAUCAUUGUGACGAGGUGCCCAGUCUUUUGGUAGAUGAAGAAACACCUGAAGGUUGUAUCUGCAGAUCUUAGGGACCCCCUAACUAUUAAGAGCAAAUUUGUUCAAAUAUUUAAGUGAAAUGGAUUUUAUAGGAACAUAGAAGAGCAUACAUACAUGUGUCAUCUGCACAUGAGUAACAGGAUGUCAUGACAGAGUUUCGACCAAAGGACAGGAUAGAAACUGAGAACGUUAGUAGGCCUCUUGAGGAAUAACACUAUUGAGAUUUCUACAUUUUCAUCUCUUUACAAGAGUUGUACAGUAAUAACAUUUGAAAGUGACAGUAAGGUUAAAAAAAACUAGCUUGUGACUGUGACUGCCAAAAUCAUAGACUGUAUAUACAUGGACAACUUGGUUCCACCGUCCACCAGUAUACGGAUUUGAAGCCAAAAAGCUCUCGGUAAUUUCGCGUUUUCUCUCCAUUUCCUGAAACCAGCGUUGCGCAGUCGUGUCGUACGCACUCAACCACUUGUGCGCAUUCAGCGGGAGAGUCACUGCGAUGACGCUCGGCUCAAACAGCGUAUCCCCCCUUGUGCGCCACGCAAUCUUCAUACGCUCAUAGGCUGUAUCAGGUGUCAAUCAUAGAAAAUUUGAACCCCCUAAUAACUUUUAAAAACGAAGCUACACAGAAAAAAGAGGACUUGAGCACAAACCAGUCUUACUGUAACUACAUGUCAACAUUGCAAGCAGGGGGAGAAAAAUUUAUAUUCUGUGUAAUAAAUUUCCAAAGCUUGUCCACAGCUCCAUAAGCUUUGCUGGCAGAGGCAGGAUUUAUGACCUAUACUGCAGCCUGUCACCAGAGGGUGCUGUUCUCAGAGUGGCUUCACCCAGCGAGGAGGCAGACAGCAUCCAUUCUGUAUACAGUCUAUGGUUAAAAUAUUCCAGUGAUUCUGCUGCAUUUCGCCAGUCCCCUCAGUGAUAUGCCACCAGUAUACCAUUAUUAGUAUUUAUGUCUUAAUUGACGAUGAAAAUGCAAUGAAGCAAUCAUAAUUAGAGGUCUGAUCAGAUUUUUUUCAGUCUAAUACCAAUUAUGAGAGAGCAGGUCAGCCGAUGACUGAUAUUAACAAGCCAGGUUUAGAUAGUGUAAGGAUUUUAUGAAUUGUAAGUGUGACAAACCUUUUUUUUUUUUUCUUUUUUUUUUUUGCAGGAGUUGUUUGUUGAAAUGAUUGCCAAAGAUGCCAUGGUGUACGCUCAGCAAGGGAAGAGGAAAACAUUGCAAAGAAAAGACCUGGGUAAGUGCUAUGAAAGAAUUUAAAAUGCAAAUAAAACGUGUCUAAGAUGAGGAUUCAGAGCGGGUUUAACAGAGCAGUAUUUUCACCUAUUUUUCAACACAGUGGAUAUCUUGCUGAUUUAAAUAGAGGAUACUACAUUGCCUUGUAGAUGUUGUAAAUAUGUCUUUAGAUCAUUGACUUAACCAUGUUUUCCCUUUUUUGCCUCCACAGACAAUGCAAUAGAGGCCAUAGAUGAAUUUGCAUUUCUUGAAGGUAAGAGAUGUCUGGACAAGUACUCAUAUUUAAAUGUUUUUUUUAAAUCAUGUUUACAUAAAUGAAAUUAUUUUCACCAAUACUGGGAUAAAUCAAUCUCUCAUUAUGCUAAAUUAUGAUUGGCAACCUCAAAGACAUGAGAAAUAGCAGUAUUUUGCAGACCUAAAACAGACUUUCAGAGGAAACCUUUUCUGUAGAGAUAUAAAUUUGACCUGUUUUUUCUUUAUUCUUCCCCGUAGGAACACUUGAUUAAACAAUUUCUUCAGGAGAGGCAAACAUGGAAUAACUGCAACAAUACAGGAUUUUUUCAGUGAACGAUUUGUUUAUGAAAACCUUUGUGGUACUUUUCUAAGCAAACGUCUGGAUGUUGUUGUUUUUUUUUACAUUUUUCCUUUGUGACUUUUCUAACUUAACUUUGCACACAUCGGUGGUCAUGUGUUUAUUUUUGUAAAUAUUUGUCAAAUACUUCUGUACAAAAAUAAAUUUAAGUUUUAGAUAACACAGUUCUCUCAGGA